CGGACGCCUGGCUCUUGUCACGUGCCGUGGAGGCGGAGCUAGCCGAGGAAGAAGGAGAGAGGGGAGCAGGGAGAGGAGGCCGGGGUGACCCAUGAGGUGCAAAAGAAAAAGAUUUGUGACUCCAUUAGAAGAUGGAUAAUUAUUUUAAAGCAGCGGUUGUGGACUUGGAUAAGCUUCUAGAUGAUUUUGAGCAGAACACAGAUGAGUUGGAAACCUGCCCAUCAUCUUUAGCUUCUCUCAACCCAAACCCACAUGUGGUCUCAUCGGGUGACUUUUACCUGCAACCAGACUUUCCUGCUCCUCUGAAAUUAUCCAGUGACGAUAACAGUCCUCAGCAGUCAUGUUUGUCACUUGUUAGCUCUACGGACAAGGAGAUAGAUGUGACAACAUUAAAUCCGGAAAAAAAUGUAGCUGGCCUAGAUCUUCUAUCUUCUGUGGAUGGAGGAACAUCAAAUGAAGAUGUGUUUAGUGCGGGGAGGACUGGUGUUCCUGUUUGUGAUCUUAUUAGUGACACAGGCAGCUUAAUACAUGUGGGAAGUAACCGUGAGUCCUUUAUGCCUGAUUCCUCCCAUUUGGUUGAAAAUGUUGUUUCUGACCUUGAGUCACUUGAUGAACCUGGAUUUCCCACCCUGCCAACUGUAGAACCGUACAUGUCUUCAAACCUCUGUGAAUUAAAGCAAGAGUGUGUAACUCUUGGAGAUUCUGAUUUGUUACCCGAGAAUGAGUCCGUAUUUACAGGUGGACAUCCAGAAGAUGAAGGGAUAAAUAGUCAAGCAGUACUGUGUCUCAAUGAUGAGUUCUAUCAAGAUAAAGAAGCUUCCAUUAGUUCAUCGAGCACUGAUACCUUAAGCAGUUCAAAUACAUCAAGUACUGAUGGAUAUGUAAGUGAGGAUCUCCCAUAUGAUACAUUGAAUCAAGACAUUGCAUGCAUGGUAUCAAAAGAAGGUGAAAAUAUUGACAAGCCAUCUUCUGAACACACAGAAAUGUUAGCAAUGUCUUGUCCGGAAUCUACUGGUGGAGCUUCUACACUGGGUAUAGGUGAAGAAGGAAAAGCUGUAGAUGACAGUGAUUCAGAUUGUUGCAAAGACGAAUACUCUUUAGAAACUGAAAAGCCCUUGUGUGAAAAUUUUGACACCUCAGAGAAUGCAAAUGAGAUGACGUCAAAUAUUUUUACAGAAUCUUCAAAAUUUGAAGACGUUAAACAAACUGAAUAUUCCAUGCCAAAGGAUGAUUUGACGUGCAAUGCUAUAGAAUCUUCAGGUACUGAAGGAUCUAGAAUAUAUGUACAGGAAGUUGAUAACCUGAAUGAAGAUAGCCACAGAAUAACUUCAGCGCAUGUUGAAAACUUGCCAUUGACCGUAACUAGCAAUGAACAAGAAAAAGAUGAAUUUUUGCAAGAUGGAUAUCUGACCACUGUUGCAACUGAUAAUUCUGAAGUGUACCAAAAUACGUCUGAUUAUGUAGAGACAAAUCAUCCAGAACAUCAGGCAACACACAUAUUGCCUGUUGUUGAAAAGUAUGUUGAUUCAAGUGACCCAACCCUUAAAAAUAUUAAUAGCACUGACUUUGAAGAAGCUAUUUUGCAUGAUGUCAUUGACCAAAAUCUACUGACUGACCCAAGUGACCUGCUGUUGGCCAGCUCCUACAUCAGUGAUGCUGAACUUGAUGCAUUUCUUAGUGGAAAGACUGAUGAUCUUAGCAAGGAUAGUACCUUGGAACCUGACUUCACAAGUAAUGUUGGCAAUAUGGAUGCUUCUGUUAGAACUUGCACUGACGUUUACAGUAAAGGUCCGUCCUCUGAGACAUUCGGCACGAUUGUGGCUAGCACAGAACUUCAUCCUGAACACCAUAUUUACAGAGUAGAAGGUAACACUCUCGCGGCCCAAUCACAAAGUACAGCCAGUUCAGACAUGCCUCCUCAUUUGUCUGAAACAGAAAGACAUCUUCCAGAUGCUAAUGUGGUAUUACCCGUAGGAGGUGCCAGACCCAAACAGCUCUUUCAUCAACCAUCUGAAAAGUUGGCAAACAAGGGCUCAAAGGAGGACAUGGUAGAGCAACCAAUCACUGAUUCAAGUCCCGUAAACUUGCCAUAUUUGCCAGAAGCAGAGACUGCAAAUAGCAAUAGUUCCGGCGUUUUGAAAAAGCCAACAAAUCUGACUUUAAAUGACAACUCAAUAUUAAACAUCAACAGAAAAAUGGGCAGGUUGGAAGAAGAGACAAAUCCAAAUUCUACCCUUGGACAGUGUGAGCCUACAUGGAUUCCUGAUUCAGAGGCUCCUAGCUGCAUGUAUUGCAAAGUUAAAUUCACAUUUACAAAACGAAGACAUCAUUGUCGAGCUUGUGGAAAGGUUUUCUGUGCUGUGUGUUGCAGUCAGAGAUGUAAAUUGCAAUACAUGGAAAAAGAGGCAAGAGUGUGCGUGGUUUGCUAUUACAUUAUAACAAAAGGAACUGGCCAGAAAGAGCAAAAAAGAGUUUGGUUUGCAGAUGGUCUCCUCCCCAAUGGUGAAGUUGCGGACACUAGUAAGCUUGCCAGUAUUGGCAAACGACACUCACUAGAUGCCAGUCCAGUUACUCCUAUCUCACCUUGCACACCCACGACUGCCUCACCAUCACUGGAGAAAGUAAAAGUAUCUGAUGUACCUGCAACAGAGGCAUCUGCAGAAAUUGUGUCCGGGCAGGCGCCUUUGAAUAUAGCAGCAUCUACUGCAUUCCAAGUGUCCUCUGCUGCAGAUUACGCAAUGCUCUGCGGGAUCGAGAAGUGCGUGAGCAGAGAGGUGAAUCUCCUGCCAGACGAUGACCAUGGUCUGCCACCUCUCCUGUUGGCAUCUGGAGAGGGUGGAGUUUCAGAUCCUCUAGUGAAUGAAAAUUCCACUAAUACUGAGGUCAUGUUCCUUCUGGCAGACAGUGUACCUAAUCCUCUAACAUUCAUCCUCAAUGCAAACCUACUUGUGAAUGUUACGAUCACGUCUUAUUCAUCAGAAAAAUGCUGGUUCUUUGCAUCCAAUGGAUUGCACAGCGUAGGACAGGCAGAAAUCAUUGUCCUAUUGACCUGCUUAGCUAACGAAGACACCGUGCCAAAGGACAUCUUCAAACUUUAUAUAAACAUCUACAAGGAUGCACUGAAAGGAAAGUAUGUGGGCAAUCUGGAAAACAUAACCUUUACUGAAAGCUUUCUGGGUAGCAAAGAUCAUGGAGGAUUCCUGUUUUUCACGCCUACAUUUCAGGAUCUCAGUGGACUCCCUUUACCAAAUAACCCCUUCCUGUGUGGAGUUAUCAUCCUGAAAACAGAGGUUCCUUGGGCCAAAGUGUUUCCUAUUCGUCUGAUGUUAAGGCUGGGAGCAGAAUAUGGUGUAUAUCCUACUCCUGUGACAAGUCAAAGAAAUCGGAAGGCUGUAUUUGGCGAAAUAGGACAUACUAUAAUUAAUUUACUGACGGACCUUAGGAAUUACCAAUACACCAUACCACACGUUGAUGGCCUAGUGAUUCAUAUGGAAAUGGGCAAGACUUGCAUAAAGAUCCCGUCAAAGAGACAUAACGAAAUACUUAAAGUUAUCCAUGCAUCAAAUGAACACGUCAUAAGUAUUGGUGCUAGCUUCAGUCUUGAAGCGGAUUCUCACUUGGUCUGUGUGCAAAACAGUGAUGGGGUAUAUCAAACGCAAGCAAACUGUGCCGCCGGGAAGACCAGAAAAGUUACCGGAGCAAGCUUUGUUGUUUUCAAUGGAGCCCUGAAGACUUCUUCUGGAUUUCUUGCAAAAUCCAGUAUUGUUGAAGAUGGAUUGAUGGUACAAAUAACGCAGGACACUAUGGAAGCUUUGCGACAAGCUCUGAGAGACCAGAAGGAUUUCCGAAUAGCAUGUGGAAAAAUCGAUUGUGGAGACUUGACAGAAGAGGUGUUUAUUUGUUGGGCAGACACAGACGAUAAACAAAACAAAGGAGUCAUAAGUCCGAUUGAUGGACAACCAAUGGAAGGCAUUCCCAGUGAAAGGAUAUGUCAGGAAACAGACUUCGAAGCCCACAAUAAAAUUGUCAAAUGCACAGAGGUCUUCUAUCUACUAAGGGAGCGUGAAUCGACCAGUGUGGUGGCACAUUCACAGUUUGCGAAGGAAGUAGCCACUGCCUGUGGUGCUGCCCUCUGCCCACACAUUAAGACCUUGAAGAACACUGGGAUGUAUAAGAUAGGCCUGAGAGUUUCCAUGGAUAUUGAUAUGGUGGAAUAUCGUGCUGGCUCAGGUGGUCAACUUCUCCCUCAGGUUUACUUGAACGACCUUGACAGUGCCCUCAUCCCAGUUAUUCACAACAGAACAUCCGAUACCAGUAUUUUGCCUCUGGUGAUGGAACUGAUAUUCUACUUGAUUGAAAGUCUGAAAUAGGCUUCAUUCUUAUAAUACAAGUGGUUAAGUCUGUAAUGUUUGUAUUCCAGUUACAUCUUUAUUACUGAUAAACACCUACAAUAGCUAAACAAUCAAUGGGGCACCAAUAUCAGAACCAAAUAUUGCCUUAUCUAAAAAUAAAAACAUGUAAUGGAUUAGUAAAUUAAGAAAAAAAAAGUACCAUUCUUGACAUUUAGAUACUUUUUAAAAUAAUAUUCCCAUUGCAAUUGUGAUAUAAACAUCCAGAAAACGACUAGAUGUGAUAUAUAAUUUGAAUCCAAUGCAACACUAAUUUUAUUACUGCAUAUAAUGCAUUGCAGUAGGACCUAAAUGGCUGAUGAUCACAAUGAUUAUAGGAAUGGCACACAUUUAACAGCAUAAUAUACCAUCCCCCUAGUCUGAUAUGUAUAUAUUUUCAUAAUGACAGUCUCCUGGUACCAUGAAUGCUCUUAGUACCAGAGCUGUUCCCAUUUCAUUGCUUUGUAAAUGCUGACCACAACUAAGGCACGCAAAGAGUUUGAAUGAAAUCUUUAUAGUUAGGCAACUCCUUACAAUGAAAGUGCAACUUAAAAUCCCUACUAUUUAAAAUGUUGAACCCAUUUAAAGCAUCUCUUACACACUCAAGUGGUAAGUGCUUCCUGUGAUUUAUAAUUAUUAAAGAUAUAAAUACAGAUAUUUAUUUAUAGCUGCAUCUGUACAUGUAUUGCGUUUUUUUGAUUUUUGGCUAUAAGGAUUUUCAUUUGAUUUGCAGUUCUGAUCGCCACUUUAUAUAUAUCGCUAUUUAUGUGCAAUCUAACUGUCUGGACGGGAUUAUAUAUAUUAUAUUCCUUCAAAACCACAGAAUAACAGAUCUCUGAGCCAAAGGGUGCAUUUUAAUAACUUUAUAUGCAAAACACAAUACAUCUGUUUGUUUGGAAUAGAUGACUGUGUUACUUUAUAUUUAUAAUUGUGUAAGCAAUAAUUUAGAAAAGGGCAUCUAUUUUUGUAUUAGAUUUAAAUAUUAUGUAUUCUGCUCAUCAUGUCUAGGUUGGAAAUAUCCACAUGUAAAAAUAAAAUGAAAGUGAUUGA